GAGUCCGAGAUCUUCAAGCUGAAGCAGGAGCGAACUGAGAUGUGCAUUAAAAUGAGCAGACUGGAACAGUCGAAGAUCUCCACUAACAUUCCACAGUCUCUCGUCCCAAUGUUAGCCGACGCCAUGGCGCACGGCGUCAAUCCGUCGGCCCUAAGCGAAGCCAACAGACCUCUUGCCGCUAACAAGUUCCCCGUGCGACCAGCAGCUAAACCCACUCCAGCACGCUCACUGGCGGCCACCGCCAAAAACACUCCAACAGCCACUGCCGCGCCGAAGACGGCAACACCAACAUCAGCCCAGAAAGUGGCAACUCCGACAGCCAAACCCGUUACAGCCACUUUGCCUGUAACGGCCACUGCCGGGCAGAAAUUCCUCAUCCAGCAGAAAACAGCGGAUGGAAAAGUCGUCUCAUUCCUUGCCUCGGUGGCACCGAGUAACGGCAACACACCGACCACUGGCACCACUACCGCCGCGCCAGCGACAGCAGAAAAGACCGACAAUGAGCCAUCUACCAGCGCGGCUGGGGACGCUGAAGCCAGCAGCAGUGCUGCACCCGCGCAGACAACAUCGGCGGAUACCGAGCAGAUCUCACCCGAAUCUCCGCCACCGGAAGCGGCCACCAUCAGCACCGCAGCCACGUAGACUGUACCGUGGCCCAGUUGCGCAGUCACUGAUCCAUUUAUGGAAAUCUCAGCGAAAAACUGCAUGCUGAACUGAUUGGAAUGGACAGCCUGACUGUAUCCUUUGCUUCCACGUCUUGUUGAAUAAUGUUUGCAUCUUCUUUUACUUCUUCGUUAGGUUCCUUAACAGGCGAAGUUCUACCACCAUAACAGAAAAAUACACGUUUGAUUUCGGUUGUUGGUUCUUAAUUUUUCGAUGCGCCAAUGUGUAUAUAGUUCUGUACGUCAUGUUUUAUUUCCUUUUUUCCUGGUUUCUGAUUUAUGGUCGCGUCAUGUGACAAAUAUGAGCGACAUCGAUAUCAGCAUCUCAAAAUUACCGGAAUAAUGAGUCCUGGGUACUUC